AUGGGUCGUAGCGGGGAGCUGAGUGAAUUCCAGCGGGGCACCGUGGUGGGAUGCCACAUGUGCAAUAAGUCACUGCGGCAAAUCGCCAACUUGCUCAACCUGCCCCGCUCCACCGUCAACAACGUCAUCGUGCAAUGGAAGCGAGAACGCAGGACGUGUCCACUGCCCCGUUGCGGACGGCCGCACAAGCUCAAGGAGGAGGACCGUCAGGUACUGGAGCGCUUGGCGCAGGAACGGACCUUCCCGUCGAUGGCGGCGCUCACCGCCGAAUUCCGGCGGGCGUCCGGGGUCAACGUCAGUAAGGCCACCGUUACUCGGGAGCUGCGGGAAAUGGGCCUCACAUUACGCUCGUCCAACGAAGGCAGGGUCAAAGAAAGGAAGCGAGUCCCGAAAACGACAGAAGUUUGCGCUGAAGCAAAAGUGGAAAUGGACGAACAACACCAAACAGACAUGUCCCAUCUGGACCUGCGGGUGGGCUGCAUCAUCAGGACCAUGCAGCUCCCCGGAACGGACAGCUUAUACGUGCAGCACGUGGAUGUCGGCGAAGCUCAUCCUAGGACUGUGGUCAGCGAGCGCGUGCCCGUUAAUCUGUUACAGAACUGCAUGGCUGUUCUGCUGUGCAACCUAAAACCCGCACAGAUCCGAGGCGUGGCGUCCCAGGCGGCGGUCGUGUGCGUGAGUUCGGCAAACGGCUUGGAAAUCCUGGCGCCUCCAAAUGGAGCGGUACCCGGUGAUAAAGUCACGGUAGACGGAUUUACAGGCGACCCUGACAAGGAGCUGGAACCCGCCAAGGUGUGCGAGCACAUCGGAUUCGACCUCCGGACCGACGACCAGUGCGUGGCCACCUAUAAGGAUGUACCGCUGGAGGUCGUAGGCAAGGGCGUGUGUCGGGCGCCGACGCUGCGUGAUUGCCAGGUGGUUCUGACGGAGGGGCGUUGGCAGGAAGAAGCUGAGGCGUUUUUUUGA